AUGUUUGCAGCAGCCACCAAGAACUUUGUGAAGCAGGUCGGGGAUACAGGAAGGCUUGUUCCUGUCCCCAGCCUGAGUGAGGCGGACCGAUACCAACCCCUCAGCAUAGUCACCAAGAAGAUAAAGAAGCACCGCAUCUGGAAGAAAACCAAAUAUGCAUCCACCCCGUUCUCUUUGAAAGACAUACUUGUGGGAGAAAAGGAAAUAACCGCAGGGGUAUCUUCCUAUCAGUUGCUCAACUAUGAAGACAAGUCUGAUGUCUCCCUGAAUGGUCGGUUGGGAAAUCACCUCAUCAACGAUGUCGGGUUCAACAUCAGCGGGUCUGACUCAGUCGCUGUGAAAGCCUCCUUUGGAAUCGUGACAAAGCAUGAAGUGGAGGUUCCUACAUUACUGAGGGAACUCAGCUCAAGGAAAGUGGACCUUGAUCACUGUCUCGUCCGCCAGUCUAAAGAGAGUGGCCGGACCAUUCUUUGUGUUGUCAUGGAGAGCAUUCGCACAACUCGUCAGUGUUCUCUUACCGUACACGCAGGCAUGCAUGGAAGAACCAUGAGGUUUCAGAUCGAUGACGGACGCAACCCUAAAGGACGGGACAAAGCCAUAGUCAUUCCAGCUCAUACAACAAUCGCAUUCAGUAUAUUUGAACUUUUUGUGGGGCUGGAUGGUCGUCUUGAUAUAUGUGUCACGUCUGAGUCACUGGGUGGCUUUGAGAGAGAGCCAGUCAGAGAGCAGCUGGGUGGUUUCAUUGGACGGUUUUCGAUGGGGAGGUUACGGAGGUUUCUGUCAGGCAUCGUUUAUGGAAACCCCUUCAGAGCAGACGACAGAACCUUCGAGGAGCUCACCCAUUCAGACGUGUACACGGAUGACUUGGUGACAGACUAUUAUGAAAAGGCAGCGAGCAUGACCGACAUCUCCACCAGCUACCUCAGGGAGGGCUCUCACACCCGCGUCAACCUGCUCAACCACAAUAUCCCCAAGGGCCCCUGUGCCCUGUGCGGCAUGGGUCACCAGAGACGGGAGACGGUGUACGGCUGUCUCGAGUGCUCCGCGAACGGAAACAAGUACGUCCGCCUGCAUGUGGUGCCCUGCUUUGACCUGUGGCACAAAACUAUAAGGUGA